AUGGUGAACCCUGUCCAACACCAAGCACGGAGAAAGCUUAGUGCAGCUCCCUAUUCGACUCAAUCAAUCAGUCUCCUCAAUGGAUUGAUUCGCAGGAGAGCCGAGGCCCUGGUCAAUCGUCUAAUCACAGGGGCUGCAAUGUCACCUUUGCAUACCGUCGAUGCAUUCGAGAUCUGUGGGCUUUAUAGUCUGGAAGUCAUCUGUCAGGCAGCUUUUGCAAUCGACCUUGACUCGAAACCCGCAUUUUUGGAUAGCUCUGCUCUGCUAAAGGCCAUGGAUGGCAGCGCCAAAAUGCUCAUCAUCGAUAGCACACUACCCUUUCUACGAAAAACAGGGCUUGAGCAAAAAGUGCCUGGUGUCAUUGGAGACUGUUACAGAAAGCAUGCUUACUGGCAGUCGGUCUCUCGUCUAAUGACGAACCAUUUGCUUAAGACGACAAUGACCAGCCAGGAUUGCGAUAAAUACUUGGUCACUCCUUUGCUCACCGGAGUGGACAGCUUCUUGGGACGGAAAUUGACGUACGAAGAGAUCUUAGAAGAAGCCAUGGGUAUCAUGUUUGCAGGGAGUGGGACUACUUCCACAACAUUGACCUACCUUUUCUACGCUUUAUCCCUCCCCUCCAACCAAGUUGUUCAAAAGACGCUUCGUGAGCAGGUGAGAAGCCUUCCCGAGAACGACAUCGCCGUCCUGAGGAAGAUGCCAUACCUCAACGCUGUCAUCAAGGAAACGUUUCGACUAUACCCAACUAUAAUUUCCACGCUGCCAAGAACUAUCAUCAAGCCCAUUGAGGUUGGAGGCUUCGUUCUCCCUGUCGGAACAGUGGUAGGAAUGCAGAACUACGUUCAUCAGCGGGAUCCACGGGUCUUUUCCGAACCCGAGCGCUUUGAUCCAGAACGAUGGCUUUCAAGCUCACCAGAAAUGGAGCAAUGUCUGACCCCAUUUAGCGUGGGGAAGAGGAAUUGUAUAGGUCAAAACCUAGCAUGGGAUGAAAUCUACCUUGCGGUGGAAGCCAUGAUGCGAUCGGGAGUUACGCUGGAGCUAGGUGACGAAAUGGGAGAUUGGGAAAUGAAUAUGGAAGACCGAUUUAAUAUUGCGCCCAAGGGGAGGAGAUUGAUGUUGAAGGUAACGAAGCCAUAA